AUGAAUGCAUUCUACAAAACCAUCCUUCUUCUCGCCGUUGUAGCUGGUGCUACAGCUCAGAGUACGGCUCCUGCUGCGAGUGGGUCGAAUUCCCCUGUCGCCUUUGUUCCUGUGACUGUUCCUGUGAUGGUGCCUAUCGCCGUGCCUAUCAUGGCCCCAGUAACGGUUCCAGUUUCCGCCGUGAAUAACAGUUCAAUGAAGGCUCCCAAAGCUGCUAAGAAGGCCAAGGCACCUUCGGCCUCGUCAUCUCGAGGAUCCCGAUUGGUUGCCCCAGUUGCAAAAAGUGCCUCCUCGUCUUUGUCUUCGGUUUCCAGUGGAUCCAGCAGCGGAUCCAGCAGAAGACACAACCGCCGAAAGUAG